ACAAACAAGUACAAUUUGCUGACAAAUUUGGAUUUUCUCUUCUUUCAUCUCACUUAUAAUACCCCUCCUUGUCAUAAACUCUCUAUGUUCACUGUUUUUUUCACAGUUGAGGUUCAUUUAUCAUGCAGCUUUCUGUUAUAUGUUUCACUCAUUUGACUUGACAAAUAUCAGCAUUACCUCUCUUAACUGUUUUCUUAUAAAUCUUGAAAUUCUUGGCUCUUAGAUCUUCUUCACAACCAAGAUCUCAUUUUUCUGCAAUUUCUUGAAAAGUUAGGCCUUUUCUAGAUUCCCUAUAUAAUUUCAGUUCUUCUGCAUUUUAUCUCUUCAAUAAAGAGCCAGAAAAAAAAUACAACCAGACCUUUUUUUUUUGUUGCAUUUUGGUUAUGUCCACUUAUGUUCAACAAUUGUAUCCAAAUAAUAGAACAAUGAAUCAAGGAAUGGGAAUCCUCUCAAGGGCUAAUUCGAACUGGUUCUUUGAAAUCAAGGAGACGAAAUGGACUCCUGAAGAAAACAAGCAAUUCGAGAAUGCAUUAGCUUUAUUUGAUAAGGAUACUCCAGAUAGAUGGUACAAUGUAGCAGCCAUGAUCCCUGGAAAGACGGUGAACGAUGUGAUCAAACAGUACAGAGAAUUGGAAGAAGAUGUUAGUGUUAUAGAGGCUGGACUAAUUCCAGUUCCAGGGUAUGCUAGUGAUCAUUCUUUUGAACUAGAGUGGAUCAACAAUCAAGGCUUUGAUGGGCUGAAACAAUUUUAUGUUCCAGGCGGAAAACGAAACUCGUCAGGUCGGGUUUGUGAUCAAGAAAGGAAGAAAGGUGUGCCAUGGACAGAGGAAGAACACAGACAAUUUCUACUGGGGCUUAAAAAGUAUGGUAAAGGGGACUGGAGAAACAUUUCUCGAAAUUUUGUGACUUCUAGAACACCAACACAAGUUGCUAGUCAUGCUCAGAAGUAUUUUAUUAGACAGCUUUCAGGAGGCAAAGAUAAGAGGAGAUCAAGCAUUCAUGAUAUCACAACAGUCAAUCUUAUCGACCCCAAAUCAGCAUCAUCAAUAAACAUUAAACCUCCAUUCCCGGAUAAAAUUAUUGCAGCCAUGCAGCAGCCUCAACAACAUUCUAGUAGAACUGGAAUGGAGAAAGCAUUGUACGGCUGGAACAUGCAAAAUGAAGAGUCAAUCAUGGCCUUUAACAUGUCCAGUAGCACGAAAACUGGAAAUUUGUAUGGAAACUCUACUCAUGACCAGCCAACACAAGAACAAAAUCUGCCAGGAAACUUUCUCCAAGGACCUCAACCUGGUUUAAACAGUGCAAUCCCCUGGGCUUAACCCGGAGAUAGUUUUAUCAAACAGGCAAAUCUUUUUAUUUUUCUUUAACUAUUGAGAUUUCCAGCCAAUUUUAUGUGGAUUUUGUGUUAUUCCUUGCCUCAAUAGAUUGGAUCUUUUGAAGAGCCCGUUUAUUAGCGUAAGAACCUAUAUACAAGUCCAUUAUGUCGCUAAGAUACCUGUUUUGGUUUGAAUAUAGAGCUGAAAAAUCUUCUAUGUUCUUCA